AUGCUUGUAGAAGUGCGUUUGUGGCAAUUACCAAUUCAAAUUAACGAUGCAGUGCAAGGUAAGGCUGGGGGCGAUUGGCUUGUCUAGGCUUUAAACACCGCAAUAAAAGAAAACUACUAGAUAACAUACAACUCAAGUUUUGGUAUUUUUUUGCGCAUGCAAAGUGAGCAUGCCAAUAACACAAGACGUUUAAAUUGGUGAUAUCUACAAUAUUUGAAGCUAUUUGAAGUACAAAGAGAAGGUACCCUAUGUAGGUGCACUGUGAACAGUCCCGAACAGUCUCACGUAACCCAACUGUACCGGACCUACCGUGCAACACGAUUCUUCUCACACGUGGCUAGUUGUCCAUCCUUUCCAUACUUACUUCAGGUGACGCCUUUCUUUGUCCUUGCGCAUUUUAUUGCCACUGCGAAAAAUAAAUGCUCAUGGUCAAGAAGACAUUCAUCCUGGCUUAAACUACGACUUUAAAUCUUUUUUCUUCACCAGAGGGCCAGGGAAAGACAAUUAAACUAAAUUAAAGUAAAUUAAAGUAUAAUGAAUUGGUGAGUUACCUUUUCGUCUUCUUUGCUUGGGCAGCGCAACACACCUCACCUCCAAAGCCAGCGAAACUCCUGCGGACGAGUUUGCGCAACGCCCAAAGUUAUUCGGGUUCUGUCUCCAGGAGCAUCCAACGUCAAUUUUCGGAAAAUAUCGGUUCGAAAGACGAUUUGAGAUGUAGAAUUUUUGGAACAUUUUUUCUAAAAUUUCUUGCUUGCCUACCUCUCCUAGGAUUUUGGAACGUCUAAAAAAUGGUAUAAUUGCCCAUUUUUAACGGAUUUUUACCCUAUAAAGGUCACCUAGAAUUUUCGGGAGUCUUUUUUCUGGCUAAAACUUUCGAAAAGGUAAGUUUUGAUCCCUAUAAUAUUCGGAUCACAUGUUUUCAGCAAGGAAAUCCGAACAGAUGAAAAAUUUUGGGGGAAUAAAAACAUGCCUAUGUCUACCGUUUAAAAACUAAAAUACGUUUAACAAUGCUAUGUUUAAGUGGUUUUGAACUAUAUUCUCGUUGGGUGCCCCUGUCUCUCGUUUGAUUCUUUUGUUUACUGAUCCAAAAUAUAUGCUUGCGCUUGCAUUUGAACUCUGACUCGGAUGCGUUGUUAGUUGCCCUUUAUCACUAAUUUGUUGAGAAUAAUUUUGGUGCGCCGUGUCUGCUUUUACCCAAAAAUAAAUGAAUGGAAUAUAUCAUAGAGCCCUAUGUCAGUCCUGUCAGCAAAGGAACACACAAAUAUUAGUGAAUUUCAACAAACUUUCCCAUCACGGGACUAAAAUUCCUGCAUGGCAUUUGUCUGGUUGGUUUGCUCUACCGGGAAAGAACUAGACUACGAGUAGUCCUCAUUUUUCCUGAGGGAUAGUAGAGCAAGCAAAUUGCGAGCGCGCGUGAAAAUCACCCCACGCAAGAAAGGCGAGACGCGGUGGGGAGAAAAAAAUAUAUGAAACAUUUUUUCUACAUAUUUUCUUAAGAGAGAUCAUUCUCUCUCGAUUUUCUAUAUUUUUCUUGUAUUAUUUUACUUUUUCUCUCACGGCGCGUGGCUCUCACUGAGGAAAGAAGGACGGCCGUUCGCGGUCUACGCGUAGACUGUCUAAGCCGCCUCGUGCCAGGCGGUUGGGCCACAGGUGCAGGUAGGUACUGCAUGCAGCCAAUGCAGCCCCUCCCUCAUGCCCAAUGCAGCCCCUCCCCCGACGCUUUUUGCCCCCAGUCCCCAAAGGAGAAUCUUUCCCGAUGUAUUCAUUAUUCAGCGUGGAUCCAGCAUACAGAACGGGCUUUAUACUUAAUACAUUGCAGCAAUGAAAUUCACCACUACUAUCAUUAUCAUCAUUCUUUGCAUUGCAGUUUAUGCACUCGAAAAAGUGGAUGCUUCGGAUCAAAAUGUACAUGCUUUGUCCCUGGAUCCUACCGACGAGUUUUGUGAGGGAGACAGUGAGAGAUGCAAGGUAAGCCACUACCUGAAUGUUUCAUUUUUUGACUUACAUAUGUUUACAAAGAAAAUAAAAAAAAUUGCGGUUUUAUUUCGACCCGCUCCUGUUUGGAUCCGUAGCUAUCUAUAGUCUGUUGCUGUCUCCCCUCCCCACUGAGUCCCCCACUGACACUUGCUCGAUUUUCGAACCCAGUCCAACAUCUCCUUUCACACGUUCAAUUCGAAAAUGGCGUUUCGCAGCAAAGUUUCUCCUUUCGUUCGUUCGUCCUUGAGUUUGUUUAGAUCCCCGAUAGCUAGGCGGACACUUACUUCUCAGUCGAAGGAGAGCGCCUCGUAUUUCCGUUUUGCUGGACCUUUUGUUAUUGGAGCUACCGCUACGGGUGCCGGUCUUUUUGCUGCAAGUCGAUUAUACAACAACAAUUUUACUUUCUUCGAGAAUGUACACGCUGCAACUAAGGUAAUUUGCUUGGAUGUUGUAUUUAUAUGUAUUUAGAUCGGUAUGGAAUACUUUUGAGGCCUCAACGUAACAUAUGACCUUAUGUGAGACAUUUUUUGGCAAAAUUUCGAUAUUCUUGGUUUGCAACCACGUGACAAGGCGGCCAUGUUAGGUGUCAAUACCUUAGAAUUUUUUCUCGAAGAAUAUUCACAUGAAGAUGGAGUUCAGUUUACUUAACAGAGGAGAGAAUGUUUUUGUUCUUGAUCCCCAACAUGGCCGCCAUGAUGUCACAUGCAAACUAGCAAUUCUUGUUAGUCCUUUGGACUCUGUGAUGCACUACCUCCAAUAUUAUUGUAGCUGUACCUCGCUUGAAUGUAAAACAAUUGCUCCUUCUUAAGAUUGUAAUAUUGUUCUGAAAGUGGCGAGUGUAAAAACUGAGCACACCCCCACCCCCCCAACACACACACACCAGGAGGGAGAUAAUCCCUAUUAUUGCCUAUAGAGCAGGGCUCGAAAUUGCGACUGAUACCGUCGCCAAAGCGACUAACAUUUUCUCCUUGGCGACUAAAAGUUCUAGUUUAGUCGCCAAAGUGACAACCAGAUUUCUCGAUAAUUUAGAUCUAAAUUAAAAGAGUAAAGUUAAAACAAACAUUUCAUCUUAUCCUGCUUUGCUUUCGUCAUAAAAAAUGUGCCAAAUCGCAUAAACAGAGCCAGUUCACCUCCAAUUUUAUACCGACUUCUAUCCACAAUAUUUUCAAAUCCGAUGUAUAGCACCAUACUAUCCAGGGCUUCUGAUACGUCGCGGAAAAAAAGUCAAAUGUCGCGGGAUUUUUAGGGGGAAAUUCGCGGAAAAAUCGACCGAUUUCGCAGGAAUUUUCGGGGCAAACUUAGCUGAAAAUCAGUCGGUCAAAAAAGGCCGAUUUUGUGGUUAUUUUAAGGGAAAACUUUGUUAGAGAUCAAUCGGUUUUGCGCUGACCAGACCAGCGUUGUUAAUGUUUUUCUAACAGAGGUCAUCAUUUGCUCUUUCAACAACAAUACGCUCCAGAACUGAACCAAUGGCAAAGCCUUUAACAUCAUGGCUAGUGCCAAGUUUUUCGCAACAUAAUCUUCACCUGGUAGUUUCGGAGUUUCGGGACAUUGUUUGCGCGUUUCAGUGACGAAGUUUCAAGAUAAAUUUACAAGUUUACGGCAAGUAAAUAGCCCCAAUAGCUGAUAAAAGUUUCAAAUAUGUUGUACAGACACGUAUUUGAUAAGAUUUCUACCAAAUUUCGGGUAUUUUGCGUAUUUUUGUGAAUUUCGAGCUCUGCGAUGGUGCGAAAUAUCAGAAGCCCCGACUAUGACCUGCCUCAUUUACAUUUAUGUACAAACUGGCGACUAAAAAUUUGCAUCUGGCGACUAUAUUUCUCCAAUUGGUCGCCAAAAGGUGACCUGAGGAUUUUUUUUAAUUUCGAGCCCUGUAGAGGGAGGCCCCACCCGAAAUAAGGAUAGGGAAAUCUUUCAUUUCAGUCUGUUAAAUGACCUAAGGGGGCUACAGAAAGAUUUUGUGGCUGUGAAAAAGGUGAGAAAAUUUUCUGGUUUCAUGAUUUAUUCAUGUUUAAGAGACACUGCAUUUACAAGAGUUAAAAAGGGAUGCAAAGAUCUAUAUUAGGCGUGUGAAGGGGUUGCCAUUUGUCAAUGAAAGGGAUAUUAAAAAGGGCUACCUUUUCUACUAAAAAUGGUACAUAAAAGGACAAGGGAAAAUGAGCUUAGAGAGCAAAUUCCUAUGCCCGGUUCACGAUAAUUAUUUGAAAUCUAUUUUAAGUUUGCACACAUGCUACGAAAGUCAUUUUUGUCUGUUGUUUCCAUGACACUUGUCGUCUACUUUCACAAGAACAUGACAUGUUUCCGCCCUGCGAAACAAUAAAUAAUUUAUUAUUUAUUGUUUUGACAGUUGUUAUAGUAAAUUGUCAUGCCAAAGGUUUAAGUUGUUGACAUGUUUUUAAUCAGCAUGUUCCCUCAUUAUUUAGGAAUGAGUGUCAAUGAGAAUGGAUUGCAGUAUUGGAGUCAAAAUUCAGCCUUGAGAUUUAAAUAGAUUAACAUUUUCUAACAUUAACCUCCUCCGAAGAAACUGAUGUUAAAAGCUAAGGUAGAGUAAAAACCAAAGGCAAAUUUCUCAUGCAAAAUAUGAAACCUUUAAUAAGUGGCUGGCGUCAGUCUCUAAAUAUGCUAAUGUGCAAGAUAUACUUUCUCUAUUUCCAGUGGGAAUAUUUCGCAUUCAGAAUCAGCACACUUGCUUCUAAGAAUAUUAUUCUGUGGAGUUUAAAACUGUCAUUACAGAAUUCCACCUAUUGAUCAGCGUCGCCCGUAAAAUUGCAAGUCCCAUGGCUAUUUGCUCGCUCACAAAGUAUGCUGAUGCAUGUCCCUUCUUUUGACUCUAGACUGAAGUGAUAGCGCAUUUUUCCAUGAUAUAAUGGUAAUUUAACUUAUGGUAAGCAAAUUAUUAAUUCGGAGCUUUCACGCUACUGUGCAUUUUAUUAGGAAAUGCAAUCGCUCAACUUUUGAAAUUAUUUUAACUUUAUAAAAUAUUUUAUUGAUUUAAGCCAGUAGAAUGUACAGAAUGCCAGAAAAAUCAACGGGAAGUCGAACAGUUUUGAAUUGUGCUUAAAGUUGUUGUAAUCAGUAUGCAAAUCACCCACCCUUUUGCUUACUUUCCAUCAAACUGAAAUAUCUUGGCUUUUUUUACAACUUUUCGAUUUUGUUCAUUUCAUUUAAUAUUAUUUUUGUGAACAUUAAAUUCUUUCAUGCGAAUUUACGCUUUCAAGGGGAAAAAAAAUCAAGGAAACUUUGUGUUUACAACCACGGUGAUACAUAUGUAUUUCGUUUCACUUGCACUUGUGUCCAAAUUCCUUUUAAUUUUUCUGCAGAUUUCACUGGAGACAAAAAUGUCACCUUUGAUUUCUCAGAUGCUUGCCUUUUUGGGCACCCUGUUUAUUUUGACUAUCAAGAUUAUGAGGGAAAGUCAUGAGAAAUGCUAUAACUGAACAAAGUCACGCAACACGCUUUAAGACUGCAGAUCUUGAUAUUUCUGGUAUCUUGUGUUCUACUGUUGUCUCCAAAACAAUCAAAUGUUUCACCAAAUUCCACCUACAAAUAAUAGAAGACAUUAAUUUUGAUCGACAGAAAAAUUUGCAUUUACUAGGGACACAUUUCAAUAGGCGAGAUUUUGUAAUGUUGUGCUAAAAAAAAAUGGGUCAGAGGAUUCAAGCUAUUAAACAGUUUCCUGCAUAGACUUAAACAAUUGUCUACCCCCCUCCCCCAAACAAAAAAAAAAUUCAAAUGUUCAGGGCUCAAAGUUUAAAUUUGAGUUUGGGAGCACUUGUGCUACCAGAUGUAAAUUUUUAGGCGCACUGCCGAAAUUUUAGGCGCACAGCUGAAAAUUUUAGGAGCACAGCUUAUAAUGUUGGGAGCAUCUCUUUCAAAAGAAAAAGUAAAAAUCUUAACAGUGCCACGUUUAUUUGUCAUCUUCAGUUUGUUACUUUUACUUCAGUCCUGUGAUUGAUAAAACACAGCCGAUUUGCUACGCAGUAAUACUGUUGUGAUGUUUAAUACUAAUUUCUCUUUUUGACAGUACAGUUGUGACUAAAGAAAACUUACACUUGAAAAACAAUUCAAAACUGACAACAAUGAGUGUGACGAACGAGAAUGAAAAUUAAUCUUAUAAUGAAUUUGUUAAAUGCGCAAUGACUUACAUGUAACUGGAAUAUGACUUAAAAAACUUUCUUACCUGGAAAAAGGGCUCUUAAUCCGUACUGUUUUUGUUUUGAUUGACAUUAAAACUGAACGUUCGACAUGAUCGUCCAUUGUGCAAAUAGUACAUGUUUCAUUCAUAGCAUAUAUUUGCAUGUGUCAGUGGUGUUUAUGACAAAACAGAGCAGUCUGGGAUGGAGUAAAACAUCGAAAUGAAAAAGAACAUUCGAGUUGGUAGAAUCCAUUGGGAGAAAAGACCAAUUAAACAUACACCGUCUUUCUAGUUUGAGUUCGUAAGUAUAGUCGGAAGUAAGUCAGUCGCACUUUGCUUUGGGUUUUAUGGCGCACAGGUGCGCUUACACUUGAAUUUUUAGGCACACAACCAAAAAUCUAGUCGCAUAUGCGACCAGUUAGUCGCUAACUUUGAGCCUGAUGUUUGGUGGCUAAGCAUGUCAUGUUGGCACUCAUUAUUACAACAUAUUUUUUCAUUAUGCAAACAAGGAUAUCACGGCUGGUUUGCACAAACGUCGCCAGAAGAGACAGGUAUUGUUUACAAUCUUAUGGCUAACUUGAGGUUGUUUAUUUGCUGAUGUAGCGAAGCCCACAAUUAGCAAUUUCUUUCAAGUCGGAAAUAUCACUCUCUAUGGCAAUUUCCACAAGCCAGGACUGCUUUGCUUGUAGGUGGUCACUCUGGCCAGAGUUUUUCAUGGAAAAAUUUUUUGUCUUAUGGAUGAAAGUAAUAGGAAGACUCAUUGAUAUAGAUUUACACCAAGUUUAAAAUUAUGUGAUGCUAUUUUAAAUGACGAAUGAGGUAUAAUGUCUUUCGAAUAACCACGCAUUAUGACACAGAACCUACAAUAGAAUAGAUUUCAAAUAGGUUUCAUAGGAAGCGAGUCAUGUAUGGGGGAUUCGCUCUCUUAGCUCAUUCUCCCUUGAAAAGGGUUAGGUGUUGGACCUCGGGGCAGAGCCUCCCCCUAUAACACUUUGUUGGGUAGGUGCCUCCCCCCCCCACCUGGACUGAGCUGCCAAAUCUGUUUUACCUGGUGGCUAGCGUUAUCUCUUUUUUGAAAUGGACCUCAGUGAAACAAGGUAGUUGAAAAUGGGUUCUUGAUCAGAGUACUUCUCAAAACUGUUUUUCGCACUGAGACCAAAAAUGUGUUUUUCAGUGCUUAACAAACCCUACUUAAAAUUUUGUGAACAUCUGUUGAGAAAGAGAAUACCUGUAGAGAAUGGUGUUUCCUCUUACAGAGAGGCUCAGAGAAAACGAUUUAAUUAUAAAAUCCCUCUCAGUCUCUCGUUAUUUGAAAGCGAGAAAGCCCAUUGUACUCAUCACAAGGCCAUGUCAGAUUGAAGUCAGUGUUCAGAGUAAUGAAAACAACAUAAUAUAUAAACCAGCUCCAAAAACGGUUUGGUGAGAUAAUUAUUAUGAUCCAAAAUUUGUAUGGACAUUAGACUAGUAACUCCAGUGACCCGAGUCCUGAGAGCUUUUUUUUCUUGAUGACUUGCUAGUGUCACAGCUUUGCUGCUCAUGCUCUUGGCAGCAGAAAUUAGUUUAGAAAGGUAAGAAAAAAGGAACCUCUGGCACCAGGGAUAUUUUGGGAGCUGAUCCAAAUUGUAAUCCCCUGGGGUGGAGCCAGGGAUGGGAGGGAGGUAGGGAACUUCUAAUAAUCCUUCAAUCGUUGAAGUUGCUAGCCUGAAAUUCAUUCGAUUGCUUCGAGUUGUUUUCUCCUCUCAGCAAUGUCUGAAUCUACAAGCCGUUAAUGCCGUCCUGUGGCGUCAUCACUACCCGAAAACUGUGUAGUGAUUUUGAUUGGUUGAUUGUCUAAACAUUUGCAUAAUUGUGCAUAAUUAUGAGAAAUUUUAGUGGGAUUGUCAUUUGAUAUUCAGCGGAUCACAUCCCUGGUAUACUUUGCGUGGAGUUCAAACAUUUCGUUAAUCUUUAUUGUAAACAGCAAACUUGCCCUCGUCUUCAAAAUUGAAAUGCUAAAAUUGAACUGCGAAUGAAGAAUCAUUGCGGAGAGUCAGUAGGUUUUUCAUUUAGAGCCACUUUGUGGUUUAAGCAGUGAUUUUGUUUAUGCGAAGUUUCUGAGACCAAUGUUGUAAUUCGACCUUCUAGCUACUUUCACCAUCAAGUGUAAUGAUUCUGCUAGUUUUUCUUUCUUGUUUCCUUGUUUUCUUUUUUCUUCAUUAAGGACCAAAUAGUUUCCUUUCAAUUACAGUCAAACCAGGUGAGGCGUUGCGGUCGCUAACGAACUAAUAAAUUCAUUAACGGAAAAAUGAUUUCGUUUGUUGAUUCAAUAAUCCAUUCAGAAAAUGAACAAUCCAAUAUUCAUAUUUAGCCUUGAUUCCAUAAUCGAAAACUACACUUUUUUUCGUCUUUUUUUCUAAGAGUCGAGAGCGGGCGAGUUCUGAAGUUCAAACCCAAACAAACUGUUACAUGUACGCCAUUUGGCUUCCAGUAAUCAGUGCAACGGACCUGACCUCUUAGAAAAGACAAAAGUCAAACUGAGGUCAGUGUAUGUGCGGUGAUUGGUGGAUUUCGAUCCCCGGCCUUUUUCAGUUUCUUUGCGGUUGCAGUCUGUCUCUUCUAGCUGUUAUUUUGAUUAAAGACAAUUAAAAACGGAAUCGUAAACGGCAGGAAAAGGGAAGCAAAUACUAUUGAACUCAACAGACAAGAAUAAAGAACAGGUAGGUUUUGUUCAUGAACCAAAUCAACAUUUAAUUAUUGAAUCGAGGUCCAAUUUGACUGUUGGAUUAUUCAUUUUAUGAAUAGAUUAUUGAAUCAACAAACGAAAUCAUUUUUCCAUUAAUGAAUUCAUUAGUUUGCUAGCUACGGGAACGCUUGACCUGGUUUGACUGUAAAGCAAAUUGUUGUGUUGUUUAACUAAGCGUUCUGUGUGUGUAUUUAUUUCAUUGCGUGAUUGUGACUGAGUUUGGUUAUGGAAUUACAACCGGUUCAGAGCACUGCAUGCAGUUGAGAGUUUGAACAUUAAACAAGAAUUACGAUCGAAAAAAGUAAAGCCAUUCUGUAUCGUGCAGACAUUUCCAAACGAUAUUUCUUGGUUUACCACUUGAAAAUCGUGUUUAGAUUUUUGCAUGAAUUAAAGCAAAGGAGUGGUGUGACGUCAUUGGACAGCAUUAACGGCCGCUCGAUUCAGACAUUACUGAGGGAGUAAUAACGACUCAAAGUAAUUGGGUGAAAUUCAGGCUAUGAAGUUGCCUGAUGAGUGUGGUCUUAUAAUUUCGGACCAUACAAAACAGCACUGUCACAAUAAUCGAUGAUUACUCCUGAAGCCUGAACUCCUGUGAAGUUAUAGAAUUUGUAAUAUAUUAUUAUGAUCAAGAUGCUUGUGCUCUUGCUUGGUAGACUGCAUUUUAGAUUUUGGCCUCAUGUAGGGAAUUCAGGAUGGAAAGCUGAUGUUUCUGCUUGAAAAAGUCUCACUAAUUUCAGGGUUGUGUAUAUCUAUACAAUCUCCCCUAUCUCUUUCACAUGGAAGCUUCCCCUGAGGCUACGAGACAUGAAAUUCUGAUUCAGAGGUAGAAUAGACUAAUACUUUAACCUAAGAAUGGAUUAAUUACCUACAACAGCUACACCCUCUCUUUGAUUUAUGUCCUCUGUGCUCUUCCAUCUGUCUUUGAAUUAUUAUAAUGGAAGUAUGAUUAUUUCUGCAUCUAUGUACUACUAACUAUUUGGUUUCUCUGUUCAAUUUUUAGGUAGAAAACAAACCAGAUAAAACUGAAAGAACCUUUAUAAUGGUGAAGCCUGAUGGUGUCCAGCGUGGUCUUAUUGGAGACAUCAUCAAGCGAUUUGAGCAGAAAGGGUUCAAAUUGGUAGCAAUGAAAUUUAUGCAAGUAAGAAGGAUUCCAGUGGAAUAUUGUAUUCCUUUUUGUAUUUUUGGGCUAGUUGAUUAUAGCUGGUGAUAAACAUCUUAAUCGCUACUUUCCCCUACUUUUUGUAUGAAGCGCAGUAAGUUAUGUCUUUGUUUUCUUUCCAAGGCAAGUGAGGAACAUUUGCGACAGCAUUAUGCUGACCUAAGUAAUCUGCCUUUCUUUCCUGGACUUGUGAAGCACAUGGCUAGUGGGCCUGUUGUUGCCAUGGUAAGAUGCAAUUUAUUAUGAUUAUGGACCCAUGUCAAUUUUCAGACCCUUUCUAGGAAAUAAAACUCUGUGCACUGUAACUUAACAUGACUAGUUUAGCUAUAAUAUUAUUUGACAAUGUUUGGACAGACUGACCCAUGAGUGCCUCCCAAUAAAUGGCUCAAAAAGCUCCCAAAAACAGUUUUUAGCUUAGUGUUUAUCUAACGCACUAACUUGCCCCUCCAAUACCCACUACCCCUCCCCAAGAAACCAAAUAAUAAUUUUUAUCAACACCUUGGCCUGAAGGUAAUGCUGGCCACUCAUCAGAAGUUAUUUUGGGACUAAAUUUUUAAUCAAUAGAUUUUUCAUUAUUAAUGGUUUGUCAAACUGUAAAUAAAAGCAGGACUUAGCUCCAAGUGAACAGAAUAUUAAUUCGACAAAACUCACGAGAAACUUUAACAAAGUUAAUAUUCACUGAGAAAAUAUGGUAUUUCUCUACUCAAUCUUGUCAAGAAGGGAAAUUAAAACUCAUUCAGUCUCUUUGAAUAAAAUGAGUGUAUACGAUAUGUAUGAGGUUUUUGGUUUAAUUUUAAAGCAGUCCACUCUGUCCGUAACUAAAGUUAGGGAUUUGGCUUAUAAUGGGUUCAAGUAUUUUCACACUUCACUCAUGCAGAAUUAAAAGAAUAUGCAAACAUUGAGCAAAAUUAUUCAUUUGAAGGGACAUUAAAAGAUAGUAUUAAUCUGGUGACACUCAAAUGUGUACAUUCUAGCUCUUUUUGAUUACUGAAAUCGUCAGCCAGCAUUGCCAAAAUACUCAGCCAUUAAACGUCUCUUAGGUUGACCACCUUUUUCUGCUUCCUAUUUUAACUUCACUUGGCUUGAAUACGUGAAAAAAAUUGUGCUGGAUUGUUGCAAAACUGCACAUCAACAAGAGUGUUUUUGAACUGAAAAAUGUUGUACUGCGUGUUAUGCCUCUCAUGUCAUAAAAAAUGCCAGAAGAAGACUCUGGCACUGUACAAGUCCAAGCAGGACUGAACGUUUAAUGGCAACUGAUCGAUGCACCUACCAGAGGCUAGUUUUGUUUCUCUUUAAAAAUUGAUACCAUAUGAUAAACCACUUAUCGACCUCACUUACCCAGGCUGGACUGUACUGGGUAAUAUUAGACCAAGGUCAUUCUUGUAUGGAGUUUAAUGUGCUUGGUCUGUACUACCACUUCAGUACAAGACCAGGGACACCAAGUCAGCCCUGUCAGCACUUAGCAUUUACUGUAAAGGAUCAGAGUUAGAAAGCAUUAAUGUUGUGGAAGCUAAGUUGAAUUAAGAGGGGAACUCUCCCUUAGUUAGCAUCUACAUGCACAUGUACUGUAAGGAAUUAGAGUUAGAAAUCAUCAAUGCUGUGGAAGCUAAGUUGAGUAAUGCUAGUAAGCUAAGCAGUUCAGUUUCUGUUCAUUGUACUAGCUUAUGAUUGCACUAGCUGGUAAUUAGAUCAUAAUUUCCUGUAGGUGUGGGAAGGUCUUGGAGUCGUGAAAACUGGACGUGUCAUGCUUGGAGAGACAGAUCCUGUGAGUUUAGUUUUAGGCUUAGCUGAUAAAUAUAUUUUAUUUAUUUUUAUUGAAAUGAGGUUUGGAAUAUAAUUAACAUGCCACAUGGAUAUUCUUUAUCUAUACUGCACUUGUUAGCUAUCCUUUUAAAAACAUAUUUUAAAUUUAUUAUUUGAACUUUUCCUAUCAAUAUUUUACUGAGAAUAAAUUAGAGGUUUGCGGAGAAAUGUAUUUAUAAACUGCCACCAGCACAGAAAACAUGUGCAAUUUUAGUUCUGCAAUGAGUUAUGGAUUACCCUCAAGGAACUAAUUUGUGGGUGCAGCUCCAAAAUGCCCCUGUUGCAACGUCAUUUAGGUUAUCAUUAGAUCCCAUCGACCGUAGCCCCUUCAGACACUUCAUGAAAUUUACACAACGUAGUUUUUCUCUUUACGUAUUAGUGUUAAGCACUGCUUUUACUGAUUAGGGUUAAGCACUUUUUUGGGGUUGCGGUUGAUGCUUUAUGUACUUAAAUUAUUUUCCCUCCAUCCAUCAAACCUGCAGUGGUUUAGUGGUUAGUGUGGCUUACUGGGUUUUCUGGCUCGUGGGUUCAUUCGUACUGCUUUUCAUAUAAGUUUUUUUUCUUUCAUAUUAAAGAGACUUGCACUUUCAUGAACAUUUGCAGCUUGAAAUAUCAUCUAAGUGUGAUAUAAAAGCAGAAAACAGUUCGAGCUACCUUGUGUAAAUUUCAUAACAGGAGAAAAGGGCUACGGCCGAUGGGAUCUAAUGCUGACCCAUCAUUAUUUUUAUAGUGUGGGGCCAGGCCUGUUCAAAGCCCACAGGACUACUACAGAUUUCGAGUGACAGGGAUGAUCAAAAUAAUUUGGGGGGGAUUGAAAUUUUCGAUUCUGGGAUUUUAGGGGAUAGGAAAAUUUGGCAAGUAUUUGUUUGGAUGGCUUGAUUUUAUCAGGGGUCUUUUGUGUACUCAAAACAGUGGUCCCUGUGGAACACCUCUGACCUCUGCAUUUAAAAGAAAAAUGUUAUUUGAUUUCUUUUAAAUUUUCCUCAUUUUAAUGAGAAAUUAUGGAUAACUAAUUUUAGGGAAAUUCUCUUUAAUUCUAAAGACUGGUAAAUAUUUGUAAACAGUGAAUUACUCAGCCCGAAAUUCUGGCAAUAACAUUGUAUAGUUGUAAAAGAAUCAUUUUUGGAGGAUAUUAUAUGUAUACUUCUACUCAUUGUCUAUUAUUUUCUUAAUUGGUAAAUUAAUUCAGCACAUGGAAUAAAUACUUGAGAAAUUUUAAACCAGUCUAUUUGUCUUAUUUACAGGCAAAAUCAAAACCAGGAACAAUCCGUGGAGACUAUUGUAUUGAGAUUGGAAGGCAAGUUUAUUGAUGAAAAAAAGUUGUUGAGGUUUCAAAUUCUUAAUUGACUUUAAAGUUAUAGCCAUAAGCAAUAAAAUAUUAUUUUCUCUGUUUCUCUGUACCACUCUGUUGUGGCAAGAAGAGAAGAAGAGAAGAUAGGGUUGCUAAUUUGAAGGGCAGGGGGGAGCACCUAUUUUGUUUCGUAAUGUUGGCCUCAAUAAUCUGAAGGUAUCAUUCAUAGGAAACGCAGAUUUGUUUUUUACAUCUUUUAAUACAUCCUGUUAUUACUAUCUGAGAGCAGAAUUUUUAGACUAACUUCUCUACCAUGUCCAUAUUAUAAAGGUGCCCAUAUUCAAGGCGGCCCAAACUCACUAUAAUAGGCAAUAUUGAGUUAUGAAGCGAUUUGCAGUUAUUACGCUAUGAGAAUCUUUUGUGAUUCUAACAGAUCUCUUCGUUUGAAAGUGUCGCAGAAUUUUAUUUGCGGGGUAACUUGGAUUUUCUAGGUUCAGAACUUCAUUUUUGCUUUCUAAACAGGGACAAAAAAGAGUUUGUAUUGUUUAUUUCAGCCUGCGAAUGCAGCUCUAGCCUGCAGAACAGGUUUUAUUUUUUGAUGUUUUUCCGGCAUGAGAAGGCAAGCGGGAGGCAGGCGGGCAUGUCUGACACUCCACAUCACCUUGUGCUGGCCUUCACUUAGUCUGCUACACGGCCGUUUUUAGUGUCGUCACGCAAUGCUCCUCCCCACUGUGGGGAGGAGCGUUGCGUGACGACACUAAAAACGGCUGUGUAGCGUACUAGCCUUCACUUGCCUGAAACAUGCAAAGAAUGCCUGUGCUACCAGCUUAUACAGCAACCUCACAGCACUCCUCAUCACUGGGGCGUUUCAAGAGAUAGUCACCUAGCGACGACAAGAGGCAGCUGUCAUUCGCAGGCACAUAAUCUUAUAACUUUUGCAGACCUGAUGAGUUUCAUUUCUUUUGUGCAGGAAUAUUAUUCAUGGCAGUGACUCAGUAGAAAGUGCAGAAAAGGAAAUUGCUCUUUGGUUUAGUAAAAAGGAAGAACUGGUGGACUGGACUCCUGCAGCCUAUAAAUAUGUUUAUGAAAAAUGACCUGUAAUCGCUUGUAGCUAGCAGCAAUAAAUUCAGUGAAUUUUGUAAUCCUUUGUUAAAGUACGAACUCCUUUUGUAAGGCUGUUUAGUCCCUUGCAAGGGAAGCAAGGGUGACAUAGUGUCAGAGAGGCUUUUCUGCAGUACUCCGGUUUCACCCUCCCCCCAAAAACGAACACCUUCCGAUAGGCCAUUUGCAUGAUGACAUAAUUUCACUGCAAAGGCCAGAAUUUAUCAUGGUUUUACUUUCUUAUGCAGAUUGUUGCUUUUGUUAUUUAAACGUCACUGGUUCACUGGGAUAAUAAAAUUUAAAUGAGAAAGGAAAAAGGAUCUUGGUCGUUGUAGUACAAUGACCGAUCUCGAUCUCUGACAAGAGAGGGUAUUAAAAGCUCUGACGUGAACUGAGACCGACAAAACUCUGACCUGUGUAUACGAAAGCUAAAAGUAAAAAAUGAUCUAGAAAUAGGUCUGAGCUUAAUAUGUUUAAUCAAUAAUGAGAUAAAAGACGCUAAAAAGUAUAUACAAGAGAGAAAAAACAGUGAAAGCCAGAGUGAACAAAAAUUUUUCAUAUGGAAUCAGCUUACGGGGUAUGGGAAUCAGCUCUGUUUUCAGAUGUACGUUACCGCAAAUGAUCCCCACACCGCAAGUGAUCCCCAUUGUCGUCUGUGUGUUCACUAAAUCUGUUACUGAAUACUCUGGGUGCCAGAGAUUUUUCUUGUGCGGUUUCCGGUUUCUGUAGCCGGCGUACCAGCGGCGUACCGAAGAUUCCUGCUGCGCGCGAGAAAAAAAAAUUCUGGUAGGGUGCCCAGGGUAGGACUAAGGUGUUGUUAUUAAUAGUCUUCUUUUCUCAUGUCUCCCAGUCCUUUUUGGCUAAAAGUGUUUUUUUGUCUUUACGUGCUCACUGUUACUAAGAACUCGAUGGAUCUUGGAGAAAAGGCUGACCGCAGUCACUGCAAGCCCGGGCUGGAAGCAGUCUAUUUUCUUCCAGCCCGUUUCAUCAAGGCCUUUUCACAUGCAACUUCACAUGAGCCUGGUUGACCGGGCUGGCCCGGUUACCGGACGAAUUCCGCCUUGGGUUCAUAACCCGGUCUCCGAGAUGAGAAAUGAAAAUGAGAAAAGACCAAAAAUCCUGGGAACGAGUUCUGGCGCUAAAGCAAACAUGGCGAGAAACAAAAGUUAUAACAUUCGCGCUUAUGAAAGUUUCGGCAACUCUUGGAGCUGUAUCACUGCAGUUACCGUAUUUAUUCGAUUAAAGGACGCCCUCUAUCAAACGCGACAGAUGGAAGCAAAAUUACCAAUAAACGCCGCCCUCGAAUUAACACCGCACCUAAUCAGGAGAAUGCGGCGUUUAUUCGAGGAUAAUAAGAAAAAGAAAUCUCGUUACAACCUGGUAAUUUACAACAUCCAGACAUUUACGACUCUAUCUCAGCAACAUAAAGGCCCGUUUCAAACGUCGUGAUGGCAAAUACUUCAUGGCUGAAUGCCAUAUACACGACAAGCCCACAAUGCCCUCAAUGGUACCAGUACGUGAAGUAGUUGUAGUCAGCUGUAGUAGCUGCAGUAGGUGUAGUAGCUGUAGUAACUGUAGUAGCUGUAGUCGGUGUAGUCAGUCUAGUAGCUGUAGUAGCUGUACCAGCUGUAGUAGCUGCAGUAGGUGAAGUAGCUGUAGUAGCUGUAGUAGGUGUAGUAACUGUAGUAGCUGCAGUAGGUGAAGUAGCUGUAGUAGGCGUAGUAGCUGUAGUAUCUGUAGUAGGUGUAGUCGGUGUAGUAUCUGUAGUAGCUGUAGUAUCUGUAGUAGGUGUAGUAUCUGUAGUACCUGUGGUUUGUGUAGUAGCUGUAGUAGCUGUAGUAAGUGUAGUAUGUGUAGUAGGUGUAGUAGCUGUAGUAGCCUUAGUAUCUGUAGUAUCUGUAGUAGGAGUAUAGUAGCUGUAUCGGGGGUGGAAGCUGAAUAACAUUGAAUAAUGAAUAAAGGGGUUUAAACGAAAAUGAAUAAUGAAUAUUUGGAGUUAGAAAAUCCGGAAUUAUGAAUAACACUGUCUCGCCUAGGAAUAAUGAAUAACUCAUAGCUGUUAAAUGAUCCCAUAAAAACUGAAGACGAAAGAAAUAAGUUCAACUUUUCUGCCCAUCGCAAACAUAGGAAUCCCCGCGAAACCAGUGAAGCAAAACAACGCGGCAAACCCCGAAAGAAAACCGUUUGUGGUCUACAUCUAGAUAAAAUAAAUUCGUAUACCACUCUCAUCAAAAAUACCAUACCCUAUUGUGGAUCGUGUUCUUUUUGAGAUGAACACUGACGAAACUGGUUUGAAAUCGUACAAACUUCCCCUAGAGGGAGCUGACAGAAUCGAACCUGUGGGCUCCAGUUCACGAUGUAGCCUCGCUCCUGGCGUGGCCUAUUGUAUUAUGCUUGUACCAUAAAUGUUGAUUUUUACAACUUUACAACUCGUCGGAGUUUCCAGCCCCUCAAGUACCAUUUCAGUAACCAGAAUUACUUUGGUCAUAUUUCCAAACUCUUGCUCUUUGGUGGAAAUAUUUUCCAACAGUUCCUGUCAUGACAAUUAUGUUACUUCCAUUUCCACACUACAGCACUGAUAUGAAGUUGACACAAUGUUUAAACUGGUUUAACAGAAACCUGAAACAAUUUUAGAGUGGGAUGUCACUCGGUCUCAACAUCGGCUCUCAUUAAUGGUAAGCGAAUGGUUGAACAAAUGUUGAUAGAGGCUUAAGAUGAAACUAUAAAUAGAAGCCAGUGUCCUCUGAUAAUCAAGAUAUUGGAUUCUAUUACUUUAGUCAUACUGAGCAAGAGCGUAGCGUCCAUAUACUCACAUACGCCCAUGCGUACAGCUGAAAUCUGGCAAAUUUUUUGUAUUUUUUCUUGAAAGCAUUUUUAUCAUUAAAUCGGGAUGACGGAUAAAUUUUUUCGCUUUAUAUUAGCGUCUUUGCUUGUAACCAGCACUUGAUGGCGCCUCUGUCUUACCCUCUCAGGUAGAUUAAGGCCUGGGUCUAACUCAUUUAUAGUUUUUAUGUACAGUUUCCAAAAACUAUGGUUAAAGACAUCCACAAGAGACGUUAUAUGUUAAAGUAAACGAAACUUAAAAAAACUUGACUAAAGAAAUUAAAAUUAUUUGUUCACGUGAUCGACCACGCCCUCCAUUGUUCGAAAAUUGUAACCAAGGAUUCCCACCACUUGACAAGCGAGUAGCUCCAGUUUCUCUGUACCAAAACAUUGUCCCUUCAAAGUGUCCACGAAAUCAGCUCGGAAUGGUUCGAAGUAUUACAAUUGGCCUGUGCAAUUGGUGUUCACUGACUAGUGCCAGUCCUCCUCUAAGUAAAAUUAUCGACAGAAGAAAGACGUUUAUUGACCUCUCCUCAUUCCGAUUGUUUUUACGAGAAGACUAUCUGUAGCCACUUUUUGAACCUGCAAAAAAGAAACGGUUUACUCUCCUUCUGGUGGGAAUUUCGACUCAAAGGAUUUCUCGAUAAAACAGGGCGUGGCUGGUCACGUAAUGCAGUUAUGAACAAUUUUUAAAAUGAAAUUGGAAGAUUUCUUGGUUAUGAUUGGCCUUAAAUUGUUAGUCACGGGAUGUCUUUAAAAUACUGUACGUUAUACCACCCCCCUUUGAAAAUUCUGAAAACUGUGUAAUGACCCAGGUCUUAAUCUACUUGAGCUUUAUUUUUUUCUGUAAACACUGUACCUGUCAUACCAAUAACUAUAUGGGUAAAAGAAACAACUAAUUUCUGCAUUUCCCUUCGUAUUUAUUUAUGGAAAAUGCCCUGUGGAAAGGGCUGGAAAUGACAUUGCCGAGAAACUAAAUUCAGAAAUUUUCUGGAGGAGCACCCUAGUUUGAAUUGCCUUCAGCGCUCUAACUUUUCUUCCCGUGCGUACACUUCAAAAAUUUCAUGCUACGCCCCUGCUGAGAUGCAAUUGUCUAAAAAGUUGCACUCUUAGAACCUACCAUUGUAAUGUUCGACAGAGGAUUUCUAAAUCGGCGAUUGGACAAUUUAGAAAUUAAUUUAUGUCUCAGCGUCAAGGUUCCAAAGAAACGUGGACUUGCCAUUAGGCGGGUCCUAAAAUCCGUCCGAGUAGUAACCUGGUAGGUGGGGCAGUACUAGCGGGUCCCACGCAAGCAAGCAGCCUAUUCUGCCCGACGUUUGAACUAAGUCGAUGCGUUAGGAUUUAUUGCACAAAAUUUAGUGUUCGUUUCAGUUAUAGUCAGUAUUUGUUAGUUUCGGUACGUUUUUAGUACUUUUUACAUUAUUUUGACCACAUGUAUAGAAAAAACAGAGGGGUACUUGCUAAAGAAAAGGUUGAAUGUAUACUGAUGAUGUAAACUUUUGAUAACCAACGUAUAGAACUGUAGAAAAUUUCCGGUUAAAAUAUAUUCCAUAUAUUGUUUAAUCUCAAGGUUUCUACCUCGUUUUUUCAGUACGAUUCUCUUCCUUUGUGAUAGAGCCAAAAGUUUCUUAGUAUCACAGUUUUAACUUCUUUAGUUAUACAACCCACAGAAAGGGAAUUUGAGAAGGAAAAUUAAUAUACAAACUAAAAAAUGAAUAAUGAAUAUCAAGGAAAAAUUGAAAUGAAUAAUGAAUAAUCGGGAGAAAAGAGCAAAGAAUAAUGAAUAAUCGUGAUUCAAUUAUUCAGCUUCCACCUCCGAAGCUGCAGUACCUGUAGUAUGUGUAGUAGGUGUAGUAAGUGUAGUAUCUAUAGUAGCUGUAGUAAGUGUAGUAGGUGUAGUAGCUGUAGUAUCUGUAGUAUCUGUAGUAGGUGUAGUAGCUGUAGUAGGUGUAGUAGCUCUAGUAGGUGUAGUAGCCGUUGUAGCCGUAGUAGGUGUAGUAGCUGUAGUAGGUGUAGUAGCCAUGAAGUACUUGCCGUCGUGCUACUGCCGUGCCGAACUCAAUUGAUUGAAUUAAAUUCGACUUUAGCACGGCAGUAGCGCGACGUUUGAAACCACGUCGUGCUACUGUAGCACGGCAAGCUUUGCUGUGCUACACGGCAGUAGCUCGACUUGCCUUCAAACGUCGCGCCACCGCCGUGCCGAACUCAAUUCAUAACUUAUCAAAGCAUUACUGAUACAUUUAAAAGUUUGCUAAACCGUUUCUUUAUUUUUGCGUUUUGCCGUCAAAUGCCGUGCUAUUCGACUGAAUGAAAUUCGUCGUCUGAAACCAAGUCGAGCUAGUGUAGUGCUGCAGUCGAGCUACAGUCGAGCCAGCCUAGCAAGGCAGUAGCACGACGUUUGAAACAGGCCUAAGGGAGACAUUGGAACCUUUAAAUUACAUAAUAUUCACUAACGAUUUUAAAAGAUAAUAACUGUUGUCAGCGAUCUUAAAAAAGUGAUUUCGAAAUAAACGCCGCAUUGGAAACGCGAAAAAUUUGAUAAACGCCGCGGCGUUUAAUCGCAUAAAUACGGUAAAUGGAAUGCUCAUGAUGUAGCUUACAUAGCCUGCGCGCAGACACUUUAAACCUUGUUAUAUAGGACUAAACUAUCCACACUACAUGCGAUAUUUGGGCCGGCUUCACCCCAGGCUAUAGCUUACAGUGCAGGCAUCUUCUUCAGGUGGGCCGGAAUGUUCUAUUUCUACUCGCCCCAAUCUUCCUCUGUCACAAAAUCUAAGCUAGAUGGUGGCAACAACAAUACGAACAUAAACAAGCAGCUUUAGCCCGCGCCCAAAAUACGCCUGAUGUGGAAAAUAUAGCAGGCAAUGCAAGACGAUGCCAUCCAAAGAUUAUGCCAUCCCAACCUCCUGAAUUCAUCCCGGUAACCGGAUCUAACCGGUCUGAAGUGUCCAUAUCAGGCAAAAUUUUCAGCCCGCUUGGCCGCUUACCGAGAUCUCGGUUUGGAAAAACGCCAACCCUCUCAUAUGAACCCAUCGAAAUUUUACAAGGGAUCUAGACGGGAUGUAAGGCGCGAUCUCGGAAACCGGGCCAGCCCGGUCAACCGGGCUCAUGUCAAGAGGCCCUGAGAAGUAUUUCGGCACCCCCCGGGCCCCGGCCCCCUGCUCCACCCUUUUCACCUUAAUUGGACAUUGUAACAUAAAUUGCACCGCCCACGUGGCUAAGUCGCUUUCAAAGAUUCAACCGGUUCUUUGUAAAGUGGUUUUGAAGAAAGCGCGUAUAAUUCCCUUUUGAAGAUGUCAGGUGACGGUGAAGGAAAUAAGGAGCGAACAUUUCUUAUGCUCAAACCAGAUGCCGUCCACAGAGGACUUAUUGCCGACAUCAUUAAACGAUUCGAGCAGAAGGGAUUUAAGCUGGUCGCCAUGAAAUUUGUCAAGGUUUGAAAUAUUAUGUUGUCUACGUCUGCUUUCGAUUCCGUGAAAUCAUGGCUUGAGUAGUACAAAUUGUACAUUCAAAGUUAUUUUGUAUUGUUCUAGGCCAGCGAAGAGCUGCUUCAAAAGCACUACGAAGAACUGAAAGACAAGAAGUUCUUUCCAGGUCUUAUAAAAUACAUGUCGUCAGGUCCCGUUGUACCCAUGGUAAGUUGAGAUUUUUCUGUGAUACCACUUCUCCUGUAUGAUGUUUAUUUCUUCACUGUCUGAAUUGUAACACGACUAUAAAAGCCUGUUAACUGGUUAAUUAAGGCAAUGCAGGUGAUAUUCAAUGUACGUCUUCACGAUACUUCUUGCGUAAACUUUUGCUUUGCUUUGCGGCAGUUUGCGGUGACGACAGGCGGCGAGUUCCUCGCUCUUCCCCUACUCCACUGUCUCCUUUGCGAUACCCUGUCUACCCCCUUCCCCUAUUUUUGCGUCUGUGUUUUAACACUAAAUUGCCCCUUCUUACAAAGCACAUUUGUAAAAUUCAUAAUGUUUCAUAGACGCCAUGGAAGGCAUUGUAUUGGAAUGGAGAGUGAAAUCAGCCAACACCAUUCCGGGGUAUUUGAUCGAGUGUCAAAAAUGAAAUGUGUCAUUUGUAGGACCAGAUAGACAAAUGAAACUGGCAGGAGGAUUGGGUGAUGGCUUAAAUUUAUCAUUUUGCUCAAGUGUACACUUGAACUCCGUCUUGGGAACAGUGGCAAAUGGGCAUUGUAGUUAGUGAAGAGAGCAUUCUUGGAGGGGGGAGGGGGGAAUAGACCAUGAACAGUCUCCUAUUUGUGUUCCAGGGGAAAAGGGCAGAAUAUUCUUGCUUGUAAAAUGCUUAGUGUAGCCAUAAUUAAUAAAGUGGACUGGUUAUAAAGGCUGUCUUCACUCUUUGUUAUUUGGUUUUGGAAGCUUUUUUGGACUUGAGUUUGCACAUACAGUGUUCAGAUAUUAUGGCAUUCCUAUCAUUUUGAUCUUUUAACCUGUAAAAACGUUUCAUUUAUUUAUUCAGUCAUGAUUAGGGAAGAAAACACAAGGGAUUGUGCCCGGGAGGUGGGGGGGGGUGGUACUCCCAUACAUUACCUAUACGACUAUGUGCUGCCCGACGGGGUCAUGAUUUUGAAGCUCCUGAUUUAGAAUGGGAUAUCCAUUUCAGAGGCAUUUUCUAGAACGGGGUAUAGUAUUUCAAACGCAUGAAAGCUCCAGUUUUGUAAGCAGCCAUUUGAAAAUUAAUCAAGGACAGGUUGCUUUUGAAAAUAUGGUUCAAUGCAUUAACAAGCAAACUGUUGUACUCUUGUUGCACCCUGUGUUUUAGCAUGCAGGGCAGGCAUAUUUGGCGCGAGCCGCGAGCGCUGACUCCGCCAUCUUGGAUAGAUAGGUGCGCGGAAGUCUGGAACGAUGUACCCGAGGGAGAUGGAGACAAGCUCAAAAGAAAGGGACGGGGGAGGAGAAGGAAAAUCGUUAGUUUUGAGCGUGGUUCUGUGUGUGUUGAGAGAUUUUGCGUCAUAAUUAACCGCGUUGUAUCCACAUGCACAGGAAACGUACUCCGGAUGAUUAUGAAGAAGCAUUUAUUUGAUGUAUAAGUCAAACAAAUAAAGAAAUAUCUUCUUAAAAAAACAGGGCUAUUUCAAUUUACAAACUUUCUAGAACGGAGUAUAAAAAAUUGGCCCAUUUCUAGAAUGGGGUAUCAGUUUUAGGGCGAAUUCUAAAACAGGGUUUUAAAGAUUGGCCCAUUUCUAGAACAGGGAAUCAAUUUUAGGGAAAAUUUUUUUUAGAACGGGGUGCCAAUUUGGAGUCCCAAGUGGCACAUACCCACCCAAAAAAUACCCAAGUGCCCCCUCCGGGGAUUGUGCUCUGUCGGGGAACUUUGAUGUUUGCUGCCAUUCAUUGGUAUAGCAGCUUUAAAAAAAAUUAUAUCAGUAUUAAAACAGAAACCAAAUACACACAACAACCAUUUGUAAGGUCACCUCUGACUGACCAAUUAAACAGGGUAGGGAAAUAUCUGAAUGACAAUUUGCUGACACUGACUUUCUAUUGUUUUCUCCUCAUGAACUAUUAAAAAUCUCAAAACUUCUGCAAAAUGGGUACUUGACUAAACCUAACAACAUAUAUUUUUGUUUAUAAGGUGUGGGAAGGACUUGGUGUUGUGAAAACAUGCAGAGAUAUCUUGGGUGAGACAGAUCCAGUAAGUAGCACUUGUAAUAUUACUAUCAGAAAAUAACUUUUAUUACCUAGAAAUGUCAACAGUUAAAACAGUUCAAAGAUUUUCAUACAGGCAACUUGUAACUUACUGUCUCAACUAUAAUAUUGCUAGAGAGCUUGGAGCCAGAACAAACUGGCAGGAAAAAAACACCACAUUAUUUAUUUAUUUAUAUUUAAUAAGUAUUUCUGACUAUCCGCAGGCAAAAUCAAAGCCCGGCUCUGUCCGUGGAGAUUUCUCCAUUCACAUUGGAAGGUGCGUUAAAUUUUCAUAUGAAUCGGUUGAAAGGAAAUGACCAGCACAGAUUCAAUGUUUUGAUUUUGAAGUUGUUUCAAAAGUGUGGAGAAUACAGUCGAAGCUCUUGUAAGUGACCACCUUGGAAAAUCAAAUAAGUGGUCAUAAGCAGAGCUGGUCACUUACGAGAAUGAGCCCUCGUAAGCGACAGCAUAUUAAAACAAUAGGGGGUGAUCGCUCAUGAGAACCUCAGAAACUCACUGACAAUUCAUAAAGAAAAAACAAAAGAAAUUAUUGUUUAAUGAGUGACUUUAUAUCUGAUACAUAUAGACAUGGCUACAUUUUUUAGACCUGAAUAACCCCAUCUUUAUCAGUGAACCAUUAGCGCAGUGUGCAGUUUCAUUAAAUUCUUGAUUUAUAUGAAUAAGACUCUAAGUGGUUGCUUACGAGAGCUUAUAAAAGCAUUAGAGAGAUUAAGAUAACAAGAUUCACGUUUACCCAAAAAUGGCAAACAUGAAGUUGGACCAUGUGACCAAGUUUUGCCCUUAAUUGUCAUUUCCUAUUUCUUACUUCUACACAAAAAUAAGUGGUUUCACGCCAGUUUUAUCCAUAAGAAUUGUUCUGGACAGUUUUUAUCUGUUUAUUUUCUAUUCUGAGAAAUUCUCAACUUGAAUCUGGUGUUUGCCGUAAACAUGUCUCAAUAAUCUCUCUUUAUUGUUGCACAAGUUUCUUUCUUUUUUUCCCUCAUCCCACCCUUUUAAAACUCCCACUUCCUACCCUUUCCUCUCACAUACACCUUCUGAACCCCUCCUAGUCUCCCACCCCACUGACAUUUUUGUCUGAUUUUUUUUAGGAAUAUCUGUCAUGGUAGUGAUUCAGUGAAAACAGCAAAAACGGAAAUUGCUCUCUGGUUUAAGGAUGAGGAACUUGUCGACUGGGAACCAGCCACAUAUUCCUGGGUCUACGAGUAA